UCCCCGGGGAAAUGCCGGUUAGGGUUGAGACGUUUUCUCAGGGCCGGCUGAGAGGGCGGCGGCUGGGCUGUCUGCGGCGCCGGGGCGCGGGGCGGGUGGAGGUGAAAAGCCUGGUGCGGUUUGGGCGAUUUACUGUCCCGUGGUUAACGAAGCCGGGCUCGAACUGGGGAGCAGGCUAGCUCCUUUGCGCUCCUCUGAAGCUGGAACUUGUUUCCAACGUUGAGUUUCCUCACGGAACGUGCCUGGGGUAGCCUAGUUUUGUGACACUCCUCAAUUGUCUUUUUAAUACCCCAAACCUGAAUUCUCUCAUGAGUGUGGAGCUAUUUACCUAUCUUUAUGAUAGGUAAAUCAUAAAAAUUUACGCUUAAUCUUCAAGGUAGAUCUUUAUGGUAGGAGGCUGACACGCAGAGGUGAUUGCAGUCCUUUUCGGUGUGAACAUAACCACAAUACAGCAGCCCUGCCCAUGCCCAGUCAAACACUUGUCAUCAGCCUCUGGCAUCGUGAAUGUCCUCCUUAUGGCACCGUGCCUGCUUUUCCUCCAGCUGGGUAUAUUCCCUUUUGGCUCUGGAUAAGCACUAGUUUGUGAUCCCAGCUCAACCAAGUGGUUGGUACUAAAAUGAUAUGGGUGGCAGUCAUUGGUGAUUGGUUCAACCUCAUAUUUAAAUGGAUUUUAUUUGGCCAUCGCCCAUACUGGUGGGUGCAAGAAACAAUGAUUUAUCCCAAUCAGUCAAGCCCAUGCCUUGAACAGUUUCCUAUUACAUGUGAAACUGGACCAGGAAGCCCAUCUGGACAUGCCAUGGGAUCUUCCUGUGUCUGGUAUGUAAUGGUCACAGCAGCACUUAGCUACACAGUUAGAUGGAAAGAUAAAUCAGCAGUUACCCUUCACAGACUGACAUGGUCGUUCCUCUGGAGUAUUUUUUGGAUUAUCCAGAUCAGUGUGUGCAUCUCGAGAGUAUUCAUAGCAACACAUUUCCCUCAUCAAGUUAUUCUUGGAGUAUUUGCUGGCAUUCUUGUGGCAGAAGCAUUUGAACAUACCCCUGCUAUUCAGACAGCAAGCUUGAGAAUGUACAUCAAGACAAACUUGUUUCUUUUCAUCUUUGCCCUUGGCUUUUAUCUGGUCCUCAAGCUUCUUGAUAUUGACUUGCUAUGGUCUGUUCCAAAGGCCAAGAAGUGGUGUGCCAACCCAGACUGGAUAAACAUUGACACAACUCCAUUUGCUGGACUGGUGAGGAAUUUAGGUGCACUCUUUGGCUUAGGUUUUGGAAUUAAUUCUGAAAUGUUCAUCACGAGCUGCAAAGGUAAAAAUAGCUGUAAGAUAAGUUUCCGCAUAUUGUGUAUAGCUGCUUCUUUAGCUACACUGCAGCUGUAUAAUUUUGUUAAGAUACCUACUCAUACUGAGUAUUUGUUCUACAUUCUCUCUUUUUGUAAGAGUGCAGCUAUGCCUCUGACUGUAGUUGCCUUGGUUCCGUACUGUGUCCACUCAUUAAUGAGGACAACUGAAAAGAAACUUAAUUAGAUAAAGUUUCCAAAUGGUUAGCAAUGUGGGGAUGGAGAUGAACCGUUCAAGAACCCUCUGCAAAGGCAGUUUUGCUAACUUAUUUUAACCAAGGGGGAUGCCACUGCAUCUUUGAUGUGCUCCUGGUAAGUAACCAGUACAUCCAAAAUCAGUACAUUCAAGAAUGACUUUGGCAGCUCAGAAAUAUUAAUUGCUGAUUUUAUUCAUAGAAAUAUUGCAACCACACUGCAGUAUGGUUAGAAAUGACCCAAUACUCUGGGUCAUAACAAUGUUUUACAGUAUAAUCAACUAGUUUUAUUUAGCUACUUUGUGGUCUUUUAGUUCUGUCCAUCUCCAGCUAGAUGGUGCUUCAAGCCUCAAUUGUACAUAGUGAUACUCAAUAUUUAAUUUAUUUAUAUAUAGGUAUUGUGUGUUAAACUGCUAGAUACUGGUGUGACAGUAUCACACCAACUACAACUGUACAGCUGUACCCAGGCACUGUGAAAAAGGCCCGCAUAGUUAUAAACAAGGCUUUAGAUUUAACUUACUGAGCUUCCUGAGCAAAGCAGCUUCUGAUUAAGCCAGAUGAGAAAAAAAUAAAAGUUUAUUUCAAUUA